GCCACGCCACUGGUCCGUUGUCAUGGAUACAGUUCUCCUAUCGCAGACGCCGGUUUCCUCACAGCAAAAGUCAAUCCAUAUUUUCUUUUAAAGGACACAGCUGGAAUAAAAGUGCAGACUAUGGAGCAGGAUGCUCAACUGAACAAAUUACGGCUUCAGUUUGAGGCGCUUCAAAAACAGCAGGACCAAAAAAAACUGGAGAGGAAGAAGGACAAAGAAGCCGCUUCUCUCACCAACGAUGCACAAGAUUUAAAUCUGUCUCUGGAAAGCUCUCAGAGUGACAAUGACAGGCUAUUGCAGCAUGAAAACCAGAAACUCUCAGAGCAGCUUAGAGAGCUGGAAGACGUAAACGGACGACUCGUCAAACUUCUGAGCGAAAAGGAGUUUGAGAUUAAACACUUGAAGAAGAAAAGAGAUGAAGAAAGAUUAGCUUUGGCAGGCACAGCUGGUUUGGAAGGAGCCGUUGCUGCCACCAAGAUUAUUGAGCUGUCCAAGAAAAAUAGAGAAUUAAAUGUUUUGAUUGAGCAGGAAAAGGUUAAAUCAAAGCAAAACACCAACCGAAUUCAAGAGCUGGAGAGAGAGCUUCAAGUUGCUCUUUCUGGGGAUAAAACGGACAGCAAGGCGCUGGAUAAGAGCUCGCCUGAGGGUUGUGAGCAGGAAAGCCCAGGAGUCAAAUCCCUGCAGAAGAAAUUAGCAGCCGCUGAACUGAAAAUGAUUGAAUAUCGCAACCAGGUUCAGUCUGCAAAACAGGAGCUAAGAGUAGCUCAGAAGGUAUUGAUCAGUGAAGUUGGAGAGGAAGUCAACCUUCAGCAAGUCCUCAGCUCCCCUGGCAGCUUCAGAGGUCGCUCACAGCAGAUUCUGGCUCUGCAGACUAAGGUGCGGGACCUCGAGCAGCAGCUGAAACAGGCGAGCCAGUCCAGACAGUCCAGCGUCUUCAGCUUAGACGAAGAGUUUCUGGGGAUUCUUCAGAAGACGCCUCCGCCAGACAAGAACCUCGACUACAUCCGCAGCAUGGAGAAAAAGAAGAGGGAAGCUUUAGAGAAAUUAUCUGCAGAUUAUGAAUCCCUGUUGAAAGAGAACAAGGAGAUGAAGAAAAAGAUGGAUGCUUCUAAAGCGAGAAACGCCUGUCAGUCGAAUGAAAUUCUGACGCUGAGAGCCCAGAUCUCCACCCUGCAGGAGAAGGGCAAACAUGAUGACGAGCUCGUGGAUGCCCUGCUGAAGCAGCAGGUCCAGAUGCAGACGGCCAUGAAACAGCUGUGCGGACAGCAGAGCGGACCGAGCCAGGAGCUCCCAAAGAGCCCGAAACAACAGCUGAGCAGCGAGCAGCGAACGCUGAUCCACAAACUCAAGCAGGUGGUGGCUGAGAAGGAGGCCAAAAUUAGAGAGCUACAGCAAAUUCAGCAACAGUCCAUCAGGUUAAAGGAGGAUUGUGAAGACAAGCAGUCAGGAGCCAAGCUGAAGAAAUGCAGUUCUGGUUUCUCUCCAGAAGGGGGAGCCAUUACCAAGGAAAUCAAUUCUUCAAGUUCCGUUUCAAAGUUUGGUCAUAAACUGGUUCUCCCUGCUGUGGGCAGCGGUCCAGAAAUCAGAAGUUCCUUAAAGUGUCCUCGAUGUUCUGCUGACGUGGGCGAGUGGCUGACACAGACCAGUGAAUACAGAGUCCUCAGCGUGGAGAGAGACAGACUUCUCCAGCUGGUUGAAGUCCUGCAGAAAAAAGAGAAAGAGAUGGGCCGAAUGUGUCUGGAGGUUCAGCAGAAGUAUCAGGAGGAGCGGCGCAAAGCUGUGAUUCUGGAGCAGGAGCUGGAAAGAGCAAGAAUGCAGUCAAAGUCAGGAGGACUCGAGGACGGAUUGAGCCAAGCUCGGUGACCGCAUGCUCGGACAACGUCAGGACGAUUUCACUUCUCGCACUUUUUUCCUAACACCUUAUUACUUGUAGUUAGCAUGACUUUGUCACGCAGGAGUUGUGUGUCAGGAGUCUGGAGGAGUCAAGUUCAGGUAAACAAACUGUCAGACUGUUGGAGUUUGUUUGUUUGUUUUCUAACUUUGACACGAGUUUGGACAGCCUUUAAAUCUGAUCAUUUGUGCCCCAAACCGUUAAAACAAUAAACACUAAAUGAUCAUGAGCUGCAGAGCGGACGCUGACACUCUGCUCAUUUCUGUCCAUCGCGCGCAAACUGGAGUGUCUGCGUGGCGUCGAUUACUCACCGUAGCUAAAGAUCCCUCCUCACUCUGACCUGCAGGAUAAAAGUGACAGGAUGAGACGAGUCCGGCAUGUUUUCCCGGAGGCUCGGUGACAGCACUGACACGACACUAACCAGCGGGACUCGCUGGUCCCUGCUCAGCUUCACUUCCAGCCGAGUGCUACCUUCUCCUGUCACAUGUGACAAACAGCAGCCCGCAGGACAGAAGUCCUCCUCUGCAGCCACUAAGCCUCAUGGGUAACUCGCAUGUUUGCAGUUUGUAACGGUCAGGACUGGUUGGAAUGACAGAACUUUCAGUUGGACCCUGAUGCCAGCAGAAAAGUUUACCUUCUUAUUGUGAACUUUCAUAGUUUUUUCCUGCGAAUCUGCUUUAGAUUUGUGAAAAUUCUGAUUAAAUAAACUAAUGUAAAGAAAAAAACAAAAUAAUUCAGCAAAAAUAAAGCCGUUAAUAAAUUUAGUUUUAAUUUUUAAGCA